AUGGAGGUUGAGAGCGAGAGGAGUUCAGGCGAUGGUCGUCGGAACAAGACCCCGCCAAGCCGUGCCUCCAGCAGUGACUCCAACACUCUCGACGAGUUUCAGAUCUACCAAAGGUUCCGGUUGAAGGUGGUCUCCACUUUCGGAUCUAUGGCGGCUGGGCUCUUCGAGUUCGGUGCCGACCCAGAGACCGGGAGGAUCUCUCGCAGAGCCUUCGUGCAGAUUUGUGCGACCAAGCUCGAAAUGAUGAGCGAAAAGGAGGCAACCGUGCUCUUUCUCCAUUUCACAAACGCAGAUCCUUGGAGUGGGAGUGUCAAUGACUAUGCAACGUACAAAGACCUGAGCAUCACUGAUGAGGAGUGGGCCUUUGUGGUGGCCAGCAAGCAGGAGGCAAAGUCUGCAAACUCUACGGCUAUACCUUUUUCCUCGGCUCCAUCAGGUGUGAGCACAGGGCUGUAUCACCGAUCCAUUAGCGUGAACCAGGUCAGUGAGCAGCGAACUGCAAGGGAAACAUCCACGCCCAUGAGUCAAGGAAACAGCGCGGCAUCGGCAACAAGCCAAGCUCGCUUGACAAAGCUGUCGAGCUCCUCGAAGAGGAGCGUGCCAUGGCGGCAACAGCAGAAACCCUGGGCUCCGUCGGUAAUGGCCGGCAUGGACUUGCCUGUGGCAAUGGAGGCGAAAACCGCACUCUGCUUCCGACCUCGUGGGCAGACUUUUACUACCAAGGGCAAAUCUUCACUUGGUCAGCCAUGGGUUUCGAACAACGAUACCCACUCCCGUAGAGGAGAAUGGCGGGCGCAGGCAUGGCGAUGCCCUACAAGUCGGCAAGAGAUGGAGCCGGUCGUCUGCGCCAAGCAGGUCGCGGACUGGUGGCCCUACAGCAGCCCUCCUCCGCCUCCAAGAUUUAAGCUUAAGCGGAAAAUGUGA